UGUUAGCUUCAGGCUUCAGGUGAUUACCAGGAAAUAUGCCAAGAGAUCGUCUUAAACUCUACAAAGACCUUCAAAGUUGAGACUAAGAAGUCAACUGCGUGCAUGCUAACAUGCUAAACUACAGUGGUGACUGCAGACAGUAUGACCUGCUACACAUCAGCAUGUUUGCCUGCCUUCGUAUCUGCAUCUGGGUCCUUACAAGUUUGCAACAGCAACGGUCUUGGAUGUUUAUAAUCACCCAUCAUCAGGUGACAGUGUGAUGGUGGCAGAUUAAGCACAGGGAUGUGAGCAGACCAGUAAAGAUGACCCUGUUGGCGGGUGAUGGCUCCGACUAUGACUACAGUGCCCUGAGCUGCGCCUCCGACACCUCCUUCAACGCGCCUCCCCUGCAAGAGGAGGAGGCUCAAAAGGGAGCCUUCUACAAGAGGGCGCAGCGGGCCCCUGACUUCAGCACCGUCCAUGACGACACACUGCUGUCCAGCUCCCGGAAGCUCCACGCCAUCAUCAAUGUGGGUGGCCUGCGGUACAAGUUGCCCUGGACCACCUUGGAGGACUUCCCCCUGUCUCGGCUGGGCCAGCUGCACCUCUGCAGCAGCUUUGACGAGAUCAUGAGUAUCUGUGACGACUAUGAUGUCACGCACAAUGAGUACUUCUUCGACCGCAGCCCCUGUGCCUUCCGUACCAUCCUGACCUUCCUGCGGGCGGGCAAGCUGCGGUCCCUCAGGGAGAUGUGCGCCCUGUCCUUCAGGGAGGAGCUGCUCUACUGGGGGGUCCCCGAGGAGAGCCUGGAGUGGUGCUGUCGCCGGCGCCUCCUGCAACGCGUGGAGGAGUUUGAAGCAAUGGAGAGGGCAGAGGAGGAGGAGGAGCUCCUGGAGGAUCUGUUGGAUUCGGACAGCGGCCAUAAGGAUCGUGCAGCCGAGUCCAGAAUCAACCGGUGCAUGGGCAAGUUAAGAGACAUGGUGGAGAGGCCUCACUCAGGCCUCCCCGGGAAGAUCUUCGCUUGUUUAUCAGUGCUGUUCGUCACCAUCACGGCCAUCAACCUAUCAAUCAGCACCAUGCCUGCCAUGAGGGAAGAGGAGGAGGCGGGCACGUGUUCCCAGAUGUGCUACAACAUCUUCAUCGUGGAGACGGUGUGCGUGGCCUGGUUCUCCCUGGAGUUCACCCUGCGCUUCAUUCAAGACCGCAGCAAGCUGACCUUCCUCAGGCAGCCCCUCAACCUGAUAGACGUGGUGGCCAUCCUGCCGUACUACAUCACCCUGGUGGUGGACAGCACCUCCAAAGGGGAGAAGCGGCCGGGCUCUGGCAGCAGCUACUUGGACAAAGUGGGCUUGGUGCUGCGCGUCCUCAGGGCCCUGCGUAUCCUCUACGUGAUGCGCCUGGCUCGCCAUUCGCUGGGCCUGCAGACUCUGGGCCUGACAGCACGCCGCUGCACACGAGAGUUUGGACUGCUCCUCCUCUUCCUGUGCGUGGCCAUCGCACUGUACUCCCCCUUGCUGUACUUGAUUGAGAAUGAAAUGGCCGCCACGCAGGAGUUCACCAGCAUCCCUGCGACCUACUGGUGGGCGGUCAUCACCAUGACAACCGUGGGAUACGGGGACAUGGUGCCAAGGAGCAUCCCGGGCCAGGUGGUGGCUCUGAGCAGCAUCCUGAGCGGGAUCCUCCUCAUGGCCUUCCCCGUCACCUCCAUCUUCCACACCUUCUCGCGGUCCUACUUGGAGCUGAAGCAGGAGCAGCAGAGGGUGCUGCAGAGGAGGACGCACUUCCUGCUGCGGAGCCGCAUGGCCGGCCUGGGCAGCAACCUGUCCUUAGAGAGCGAUAUGCUCUUCAACAUAGGGUCCGACCCCAGAGACCUGGACGACUGAGACUGUUGGACAGGGAAGGACAUACAAACUGGAAAUGGGACGGAAAGAGAAGGCAACAUAAGAGACUGACGGUGUAAAGAAAGAGCAAAGAUUAUGGUGAUGGAGAAAAUUGUUUUUUUUUUUCUUCCCAGCAAUGCAGCCUUCCUGUGUAGCAGUGUACUUUUGCAUAAAUGUGAAAAAUACACAGAGAGUGGAAGAAGAAGAAGAAGAAGAAGAAGAAGAAGAGAGGCCUCAUAUUAAAUCAAUAUUUGCAUCAAAAAGUUAAUUAUCUCUUACUAAAAUACAUCAUCCCAUGGUCAAAGAAUAUAAGAUAUGAGUCCAGUUUCCUGAUAUAAACACAAAUACCUCAUAAUAUUUAAUGAUCUGGAGUAUUACAGCCGUUAUAUAUUAUCAUUAUUAUAUAUUAUAUUAUUAAAAAAUAUUGUGAUUCAUGUGAAAUGUGAUAUUAGACAGAAGAGAUGAGUGAAGAGCACGAUCGCGGCCUGAGUAUGAUCCGACAACACGGUGAUGUUUUUCAUCCCUCCAGCUGUUUGAAUGGAUUCUGCUUUUGUUGAGUCCCAAAGGUUAAAUGGAAUUUCUAUCUAAGCUAAAAAUGUGACCCUUAAUCCAGUGAUUUUUAUAUUUUUUUUUCUGACUGUGCAAAAUCUGAUAAUUACGUUUAAUCCUUCCCCUCCUCUGGCACUGUCAGCAUACACAUAUUAAUUAUGAUGUAUUAAUCGUCCUUCUCCUUGAGACUCUAUAUGCAAUUUAAAGAAAAAAAAAACUUUUGGACGUUGAAGAUUGAAGCAUUACUGUGCUUGUAAUUACUGCAGUUGCUGUCCAUAGCUGUUUAUAAUUAUUAUCUCUCUCCUUAAAGUGGAUUUAAACUCUGAUUUGUCUGUUUCGUUGUCACUUCUCAUUUUAACUUUGACCUAACGUGAAGCUUUAGAGCCGCAGAGGGAGACGCGUUUGCAGUUUCAGCACAAAAAAACUGAACACGAUGAAACAAAGUCCCCACAUGGCGACCAGCUGCAGUUUCUUCAGUCCAGAGAUGUAUUCAGUACAUUUAACUCUGUUUAAAUUAGCAUUUUCUGCAGAUAAAUCGUGCUAAAACAGAAGAAUCAUUAAAGAGCCAACUUGACAAAUCA